GACUGAGGUCACAUGAAGUAGCCAAUGAGCAUAGAGCUGAGUGAAUUUCGAUUUCCUCCGGUGAGUUUGAAUUUUCCAACGAGACCAACCCCAAACAGUCUGUGUGACAUAAAGAAGCAGCGCGCCCAAAGAUUUAAACCAUGAGCUGGGCCGUAGAGGAGUGGAAGGAUGGACUUCCAGGGAAAGCCCUGCAGAAGAUCCAGGAGAUGGAAUCCCAGCUGGACAAACUGAAGAAGGACAGGAACCAGAAGCAGUUUCAGCUGGACUCCUUAGAGGCUACCCUGCAAAAGCAGAAACAAAAGGCGGACGGUGAACGUUCUGAGACCUCUGCUUUGAAAAGAGAGAACCAGUCUUUGCUAGAGUCUUGUGACUCUCUGGAGAAAGCUCGUCAAAAGGUCGUCCAUGACCUCGGAGUCAAAGAGCAGCAGGUGAGCUACCUUGACGGUCAGCUGAACUCUUGCAGGAAGACCAUAGAGCGACUGGAGCAUGAGCUUAAGAAGUACAAGAAUGAACUGGACCGUUCGCAGCCUGCUGGCUCUUCCUCCUUGUCGUCCUCCUCCUCUUCUGAUAUUCAGCACUACACGACUCCACAGAAGAGUUACCCUACCCCAGUUUCUGGAGCAGCCUACAGGCAGCAGGAUAACAGACUAGAUGUGCUUCAGGAGAAAUACAGCCAGGAGGUGGAAGAAAGAAAAAGGCUGGAGACUGAACUCAAAGUCAUGCAGGUCAAAAUGUUGAACCAGUCCUCAGUCAGUGUUAGCCACAAGGACAUAGCUGCUCGCCAAGCUGGAUCUUCGAUAUUCCCAUGGCAACAGGAUCAGGCCCACAGCCGCCAGUCCCAGGAUGCAAUGGAAACGCCUCUGAAGAGGCGGGGAGCCUCCCUGUGGGACGCCCUGGAGGAAACUCCCAUUAAAAGCAGCCAGCGGAUGAGCUCUACCAGAGCGGUGCAGAGUCCCUGUGGAUCCUCCCAACAGAUGGAGCAGCUGAAGACACUCAACCAAGAGUUGCGUGGCCGUGUGUCAGAGCUGGAGAGGAACCUGUCCACUCAGGAGAAGGAUAUUCAUAACCAGGCCUCCAAGCUGCAGGAACUUCAAACCCAACUGACCCAGGCCCGCAAAGAGCUGACUGAGCGGGACAGAGACGUGGCCAAGAACAGCCACGAGCUGAGUCAGGCCACAGACAGACACCAGCAGGUUGUGACCAAGUGUUCAUCAAUUGAACAGAAGCUGAAACAAGUCUCAGAGGAGAUGAGCUGUCAGAGGCACAACGCUGAGAGCUGCAAACGAGCCCUGGAGCAGAAACUCAAGGACCAAGAGAGAGACAGUCAAAAGGAGCUAGCUCAGCUGCAGAAUUCUCACCAGGCUUUGGACCAGCAGCUGAACCAGACCAGAACCAAGCUAACACAAGAGAUCCAACAGUCUAAAAAAGAACACAAUGUACUGCAGGCUGACAUGGAGAAGGCAUCCUUUCAAAAGAGUCAGAUAGAGAGGGAGGUAGAGGAGCACAAGCAGAAACUGCUGAGGUCAGAGCAGAGCCUCCAGGUCAGUCAGACCAAAGAGCAGGACCUCCGCAAGAAGAUGGAGGAGCUGCAGAGAGAAAAGAACAGUGUGACUGUUCAGCUGGAUCAGAGCAGCAGGCGUCUUAGUCAGCUGGAGGAGGAGAAGAAGGGUACAGAUCAGAGCUUUAAACGCACCCAGGGCUUACUAGAUGACCUCAAAGCUAAAUCUGAAGGGCAGGCGGAUGAGCUGAAGAGACUUCAGACUAAACUGGAGCAGCAGACUCAGAAUUCAGCCCGAGAUCUGGAACAUUUGAAAAAGACACUUUCUGAUGCAGAGACCAAAAAUGACAGAUCUCAGAGUGAACUGCAGAAACAGAAGCAAGAGACGGAGAGGCUGACCAACAAGUUGACAGUUUUGGAGAAGGAGAGCCAAGAGCUGCAAUCCAACCUCAGUGCGAGUCAGAAGGAGAGCAAGGAACUGAAACAAGAACAUCAAGUUCUGCUGGAGUGGAAGAAAGAAAAGGAGACCGUGGUUAAUGAAACCGAGGCUGUGCAGAAAGUCCUCACUGACAAGAUUGAAAACUUGGAGAAGAGCAUCAACUCGCUAAAUGAGGCCAAUGAGGCAGUUAAGAAGCAGCUCACGUGUGUCGAGGGAGACAAGGCCCGUCUGUCUGCUCACAUCGAUUCCCUGAAGGGAGAACUUCUGAACAAGAGCACAGAGUUGGAGGAGAGGGAGCAUCAGUACAACCAGCUUCAGUCUAAAUUAUCAGAGGUUGGACAGAAGCACAUCAAAGACCUGGAGAAUGUGGCUGUGCAAGUGGCCCAGCUUGAAGCACAGGUCAAAGCUCUGGAGUUGCGGUUGCAAAGGGAAACAAGUCGAGCAGAGCAGGCGGAGAAGACGAUCACAGAGCUGCAGGGGGAGCACCAGUCCGCCUGCGACCUCGCUCACUCCAAAGAUCAGCUGGUGGAGUUAGGCCAAGCUGAGAUCAGCCGGCUGAGAGACAGCCUCGCUCACACCUCUGCACAGCAAGAGGAGCAAGCUGCCAGGUUGGCCGAGGAGAAGGCGGCCCUGCUGAAGCAGUGUGAGGAGAGUGUUUCAGAGAAGGUUGAAGAGACCGAGACGCUCAAGCUGCAGCUGGAAGAAGUUCAGCAAGCGCUGCUGCUCACCCACAAACAGAUCAGUUCCACGCAUCAUUUGCUAAAGGUCCAGGAGCAACUGGGAGCUGAGCUUCAGAAACAAAUCAAGACGUUGUCUGACAAAGAAGAGGAACACAAGAAGAUGCAUGAGAAGAAAUCAGAAGAGCUCAAAGAGUUAGAGGGGGAGCUGAAGGGUCUGCAGAGCCACGCAGAAGCGACGGAGAAGCAGCUCGGAGAGGCGGACGCUCACAUUUUGUCUCUGGAGAAACAAACGGCUGAGCUGAAAAAUAUAGCUCAAGAGAUGAAGAAGGAGGCCGAGAACCUCCAGCAGUCUCACACUGAGAAGAUCAACUGCCUUUUGGAGCAGAUAUCUUCCUUACAAGAGGAGCUGACUGCGAGCAAAGACGAAGCAGAGAAGCUCCCAGCCUUGGAGAAAGAACUGGAAGUGUUCAACCAGUCCCAUGCUGAUCUUAAGAAGCACCUAGAAGCUCUUGAGAAGAUUCACUCCUCUACUAUUGAAAUCAAAUCCAACUUGGAGAACACCAUGAACGAGAAAAACAAUCUAAUCUGUAAUUUGGAGAAGGAGCUUGGAGAGAAGGCGAGCAAAGAGUCGGCAAAUCACGCUGUGGAGGUUGAAAAUAUGAUCAACAAAGAGAAGAUCCUCAAAGAGAAGCUUGAGGCUGCGAGGAAAUUAUUUAAUUCUUCAAAGACAGAAUCAAGUACUCGACGGGGAGAGAUCAAGACCAUGAAGACGACUCUGUCUGCUGCUUCACACGGCUUAGAAGAGAGAGACAACGAGAUAAAGAGUCUGAAGGAGAAGCUCAAUAACGCUGAGGCAGAGCAGGCUAAAACAUCAGAUCUCUUGAAGGAGAAGAUGGUUGCCAUGCACAAAAUCAAGGUUCAGCUGCAGAUGCUUCAAAUGGACCUGGAGGACAACGAGACAGUCGUGAACACUUGUGAAAGUCAGGUGAAGGAACUGAAGGGAACCAUAGAGUCGCUGGAGGCUCAGCUGACUCACAACAACACCCAUAUGACUGACAUGGAGGCAAGACUGGAGGACAGCCAAGCCCAGGUCUCUGUCCUGGAAACCCGUUUAGAAGAUGUCCAAUCCCAGAACUCGUUGCUGGAGACGCAGUUUGUCACAGCGAGGGACGAGCUGAUGGAGAGGAGCUAUGAAAUUACUCGUCUCGAAGAGGACGUCGCCAAUCAGAAACAGCUGGAGGAGAGCGUUGCUACUUUUGAGUCUAGGCUCUGUCAGGCCACAGAGGAAAAUGUCAAGUUAGAGACAACUCUCAGGCAGGUCAUUGAAGACAAAGAUAAUAGUCUUAACCAGUUACAACAAGAGAGAAACUUCCUUGAAGCUUCUUUGAAACAGGUAACAGAUGAUAAAGAGAAAGUAGAAACUGAAAUGAUUCGAGUAAAUGCAGAGAAGAAACAGCUGGAGGUCAGUUUGGAUGAGCUUUCUGAGAAGAACAAACAACUGCAGAACAACAUUCAGCAGUUAACUGAGGAAAAUCAGAAGGUCGAUGAACUCACCGCUCAGAAACAAGUCGCUGAAUCAACUCUGAGACAGGUCAACGAGGAGAAGGCCCACCUCGAUGUUACCCUCACUCUAAUUACUGAGGAGAAAGUCCAACUCGAGGCUAAACUAAACGAGCUAGCCUCUGAAAAGCUUCAGCUAGAAGAUAAUUAUAAUCAGCUGACCGAGGAGAAAAUCAAACUACAGUCUAGUGUGGAUCAAGUCACCGAGGAGAAAAUCAAACUACAGUCUAGUGUGGAUCAAGUCACUGAGGAGAAAAUCAAACUACAGUCUAGUGUGGAUCAAGUCACCGAGGAGAAAAUCAAACUACAGUCUAGUGUGGAUCAAGUCACCGAGGAGAAAAUCAAACUACAGUCUAGUGUGGAUCAAGUCACUGAGGAGAAAAUCAAACUACAGUCUAGUGUGGAUCAAGUCACCGAGGAGAAAAUCAAACUACAGUCUAGUGUGGAUCAAGUCACCGAGGAGAAGCUGCUGCUACAAGACAGCAUAGAGCGGUGGGGAGACGAGGUGGCUUCACUUAAAGAGCAGCUGGAGAGGAUGGAGAAGAGGACCGAGGAGGAGAACAGAGAGAGGAACCGACAGUUUGAGGCGGAGCAGGCCGAGCUGCAUCAGAAGUUGGCGAGUUUACAGACGGAGCUGACUGAGUUGAAGCUGCAGUACGACUCCCUGCUGGAGCAGGUGGGCCAGCAGCACAACCUCAUACAGCAGCUCUCUGGACCACAAGGUACCCAGAACCCAGGAGAACAAAUCAUCCACAUGGAGAACCAGGAGACAUUGGAUAUUGUUGAAGCAGCAGGACAGAUUGAUGUAGAGCCGACACUUGAUACGAGCACCAGUCUUGAGUCCCUUCCAGUAAAUGAACAGCUGAGCCCUGAGGUGUCUGAACUGGAUGAACUGGAACUUUCCCACCAUUCUGACAAGGACUUCAGUGAGACAGAGCUGGUGUUCAAGGAGGACAUCAGUGAGCAAGAGAUGAUCCAGGAACAGCUGGAGGAGGAGAGGGAGGCACGUGUGGCAGAUGUUGAGGAAGCGAGCUGUAACGAGGAGAAGCAUCAGCUUCCUGAAGACAGCAGUAGUCCCAAAGUUGUCCCUGAAAGCACACCUGAAAUCUGUGAGAUGUCUCUAUCACCAUCAUCCAUUGGGGAGAGCAGACACUUGGAGUCCAUUGAGUCAUCCCAGGUCCAAGCUGACACAGCUAUGAUUACAAAACAAGAACUCCAGACCCUGCGCUCAGACUUUGAUUCACUGAGUUCGGACCUGGCACUGAGAAUGGAGUUGACCUCCGAACUGGAAGUCCAAGUUCAAAACUUAGAGACGAAACUUCAAGCAACAGAGGAGCAGGCACAGGGUGCAGCGCAUAAGCUGAGCAUCGCUGUGGAGGAAAAGAAAGUCGCUGCUGACCAGUUGUUCCAGCUGUCAGAAGAGAGGGAGACCUUAACUCAGCAGCUGCAAACGGCUAAAUUCCAGCUGACUGAUGUGAUGGAAAUGAUGGAAGGACUAGAGAUGGCCAAAGGUGGUUGGGACGAGAAAUUCCUUCAGCAGGAGAGUGAGCUGAGGAGGGUUCGCUCUGAGAAAGCUAACCUGGAGCAGCACAUCCUGGGCAUGGAGUCUGAGCUGGAGACCUUGCAGGGGCAGAGGAGCAAACUGGGGACUGAGAUGGAGACGCAGAGGAGGACAUGUUCAGGCAUGGAGCAGCAGAUAGAAACUCUCAGGACAGAGACAACCCAGCUCAGGUCUGAACUUGUGUCCUGCACCGAGGAGCGAGACGACCUGAACCAGUCCAUGGGCCAAUGGAGAGACAAAGUUCACAACCUGGAGAACACAAACUGUGACACCAGAAACCUAAUCUCCAUCCUGGAGGAUGACGUCAGAGCAGGGAGGAAGGAGUAUGAAGCCCUUCAAAGCAGCAUGGAGAAACUGAAGACUGAGAGGCAGCAGCUGCUGGAUCAGGUUAAGGCACUGGAGCAGGCAAUAUCCCAUCAAAGUGGAGAAAGAGAUGAGCUGAUCGGGAAGCUGGACCAAAUCCAAGAAGAUCACACAUCAGCCGAUAACAACACGGAGUCCAUGUUCGGCAAGAUACAGGCGUUACAGGGAGAAGUGUGCCGCCUCUCACAGUCUCUGGAGUCUUCUCUUCUGGAAAAGGGAGAGAUUGCCUCUCGUCUGAACUCAACACAAGAGGAGGUCCAGCAGAUGAGGACUGGGAUUGAAAAGCUCCAGGUUCGCAUCGAGUCAGACGAGAGGAAGAAAAAGAAGAUGGGAGAGAUGCUCAAAGCUGCCCAGAGGAAAUCUGACUCGCUGCAAGAUCGCAUUGCUGUCCUGGAGCGAGAGAAGGAAGACCAAGAAGAGAGUCUAGAGGAGGCUGUGCUUCAGGCUGAGACAGCCACAGCUGAGCUGGAGGAGGAAAGGAUAAAGGUAGAGGAGGAGAAGAGGGAACUCACCGAGAAACUUUCCGAGCUGUCUGCCACACUGGACGACCUGAGAUCUGAGAAAGGACACAUGGAGAGAGAGCUGGAGACAAAGAACAGAGAGAUAGAAGAACUGAAGUCCGCUAAGGAGCAGCUGGAGAGAGGGUUGGAGAAGGCAGAGGUGGAGAGAAGAGAGGGAGAGGAAAGGCAGAAAGAGCUGGAGAAAGGAAUGAUAGAGGAAGCUGAGCGGCAAACAAGGAACAUGUGCGACCUCCAGGCACAGCUGGAAGCCUCCCAGCAGAGAGAGACCUCCCUGGAGCAAAGGGGUGCAGAAACAGAAGGGGAGAGAGAGAGGCUGCAGUCUCUGCUGGUGGAGAUGGAGAAAGAGAAAUCCUGUCUGCACACUUCUCUGGAGGAGUGGGAGAAGGAGAGUAACAACCUGAAGAACAGUAUUAAGGCUUUAGAGGAAGAAAUAAAGGAGCUCCAAACACAUAUUAAAGAAGGAAAAAGGGAAAUGCUGGAGAGGGAGGCAGAGCAGAAGAACGCUUCAGUAAAAUCCAUCCAGGAGGAAGCGCUCUCGACUCUGUCUUCAGUGGAACAAGAGAGAGAUCAUCUGCAGUGCACUCUUGCAUCUGUAGAAGGAGAGAAAGAAAGGCUGGAGCAAGAGAGGGGGGUGUUAGCUGAAGAGAAAGAAAAGCUACAGGCUGACCUCUCAUUGAUCGAAAAGGAGACGCAACAAACUCUAUCUUCAUUGAAGGAAAGAACAGAGCAGGAGAAACUAAAGAUCGAUGGGGAAAAACAAGAACUGCAGUCUUCCCUUUCUUCGAUUGAAGUCGAGAAAAAUAACCUGUCCUCGGCUCUUUCCUCCCUGGAACAAGAGAAGGAGACACUCGCAGGAGAACAAGAGACUCUUCAGUCUACAGUUGCUUCGCUGGAGAAGGAGUUGGAAGAGUCCAAAGAGUCUGCAGCAAAGCUCAAUGAGCAGGUGUCACAGCUAACGUCUCAGGCCGCUCGUCUGUCCAAAGAGAGAGACUCUGCCCGGAGCAAGAUGAGUCUCUUGAUGAAGACCUGCAAACAGCUGGAGCAGGAGAAGCAAGAGAUGCUGAACAGCUCAGGUGACGUGAAGAGCAGCAACGCGGUGCAGACUGAGGCGAAGCAGCUGAAGGAGGCGGCAGAGCAGAGAGAGAAGGAAGUGGAAGACCUGAAGAGUGCUCUGCAGCAGAAGAAGGUGGAGGCAGAAGAAAAAAUAGUGGAGUCACAACAAAAAAGUAAGGAAGUGGAAGAACUUAAGGCUGCCCUCGAUGGAAAGAAGAAAGAGUUAGAAGAGAGGAACGGAGAGCUGCAGGAGAUGAAGAGCGAGUUUGACAAACUAAACCAAAACCUGGAGGAGCAAAGCAAGGAGGCCGACGAGAGCAUCGAAAAAUACUGCAGCGUUAUGCUUAAAGUCCACAAACUGGAAGAGACCAACGAUUCACUAACAACCCGGCUGGAGCAGCUCACUGCUAGCCGACCAGCUAACGAAUCAAACGUCCCCUCCAGCAGCGCGGACGCUGCUCACCGGCGCCGCUCAGGGAGGAAGUCUUACUCCAAACAUCCCGAGGAAAAACUGGAUGAGAACACAGAGAACAUGGCACCCUUAACUCUGCAGAGGUCUCCUCAGGGGAAACGAGCUCACCAUGACAUCAGUAAUAAAGACAGCGCCCAGGAGGCCCUGCACAACCUGACAAAGAAGAUCAAAGCCAACGCAGUGACUACAGCCAAACCAAAAACUGAGCAGGAAGACGAUGAGUUCAGACCAGAGGGGCUGCCUGAGCUGGUGCAGAGAGGUUUUGGUGAUAUUCCUCUGGGGGAGGCCAGUCCGUUCAUCAUGAGGAGAACCACAGUGAAGCGCUGCAGUCCACGACUCGCUGCCAAACAGACGGUUCCCUCUUCUGAUGUCAUGGUCUUGGGGUCCAUGCCCUGUCUCUCCCCGAAUGGUGAGGAGAAAUCUGCACACCGCUCGCUGAGUGUCCACCAGACACCAGAGAAACAAGAAGACAACUGCCACGUCCAGUAGAUUAUGAUAGACACAGUUUUGCACUUGUGAUAUAUUUGGAGAAAUAUACACAUGCAUGCGUCAUUAAUCCACCUUUUUAAAAUCACACGCUAACAUAAAGACUCGUUUAUUUUCUUUAUAUGUGGGGUUGGCAGGCUGUGUGUCACUUUUUUCUGGGUCUUUAAAGUCACAACUACACCUGUCAAUGUCUCAUUUAUCUGUUGGAUGGUUUAAACACAUUACAAACAAAUCAAUAACCAAUAUAAGAUGAUGAAGCAGGUUAAACGAGUGUUGAGUUUCUUCAAAGCACUAUUUUUCUAAAGCGAUUUUUAAUGAAACUCCUUGAAAUGUCAGACAAGUGUUCUAGUAUGAAUGCGAACAUCCCCUUUUUCUGCUCCUCUUUCUUCAUGGCUUCAACUUGCAACUGUUUCCUUGUCUUUACCACUCUGGUUGUACUUUAUUUCCUUUUGUACUGUAUUUGUGUCCUUUGUUUGCGAGAGAGUCUUGGACCUUGUACAUAGUCGAUAAUAUACAGUAAAUCAGCUAUUCAUAUCUGUUAGUCCUGUAACAUAUAUAUUUUCUCAUGGCAGCUAAGAUUUUGUAGAUUUUAUGCUUUAAUAUUUUUGUAGUUAAACUCAAGAACACGUGUUUUUUAAUCUUUACAGCAAAUGUUAAAAGCUGAUGUGAUUUUAUAACUCUCGUUUUUGUAUGUUUAUAGUUAAUUGUUACUGAUCAUUGCAAAUAGUUCAUUGCCCUUUUUAUACUAAACUUUUACUGCCUCAUAAU